AUGAGGUUCCUAAGGUGUGUCACAGCCUUUCUGUAUGCGAUUCAACCGUCCUCAACUCCCUGCAGGCAGGUGGAAGAGCUGCAAAGUGAAGCGGAAAGGCUGUACACAGGCCCAAAUUGGCGUCGAUACAUCUAUCGCGCACGCGAUGCUGAGACGCUGAAGGACAUGAAAGAAAAAGUGGUUCAGAUCACCAGGUUUUUCCAGGCGAGCAGGCUUUCUCGCCCGCUCAGCGCCGAGAUGGACCAGCUUAUUGAAGGGAUGAGGAGGGUGGAGGACAAGUUUGGAAACGUAACGUCGACGGUAGAGGUGCGUGUCUCGACAACGGCCCUCGGAAGCGACGACGUACUCGAGAAGCUACUGCGAGCCGAUGCUGGAUAUCGUGCCUCGACCAACAAUGCGAAAAGCAAGUUCCUUCCAGGUACUCGUCAAGAGCUGUUCGAGCAACUCUCCCAGUGGGUUCGCGGCGAAGGUGCGGACGUCGAGGGUCGGUUCAUCUGCCACUUGUCUGGCGUUGCGGGCGCAGGGAAGUCUACCAUCGCGCGCGAGUUCGCCGAACGCCAAGACUUUGACCAUGGACUCGCUGCGUCAUUCUUCUUCGCUCGCGACGUCGCGGACUGCUCCACCACCCGCCUUUUUUUCCCAACCCUCGCUUACCAAGUCGCUCGCUCUCAGGGUGAUAUUCACCCUUUCAUCGUCGACGCCGUCCAUACGUAUCUUGCACGCGGCCACAGUCAACAGAUGAAAUACGAAGCGGAGGCCCUCUUGACCACGCCAUUGUCACUCGUCGACCCCUCGCAUCGUCCCAUCGUAUUCGUCGUCGACGCCCUCGACGAAUGCGUCGAGCCCGUGGACCGCUCUCUCCCCAGUCUCUUGGUCAAGCUCCUCGUCGACUGUGCGCAGCACGCACGCUUUCCCGUCAAGAUUUUGUUCACGAGUCGUCCCUUGGAUGCCGUCGAAAGAGCUAUAUAUGCCAGUAUCGACUCUCCGCAGGACAAGAUCUACUCCCUCGACCUCAAUAACCAGUCCCCUGCAUCCCUGCUUAAGGACGUCAAGCUGUUCCUUAAAGACCGGCUGGCGAACAGCAUUCCAGGCCACAAUAUGCUGAGGAACCGCAGCGACCUCGUCGAUCGUUUGGCCGAGCGCUCUGAGGGUCUCAUGGUCUACGCAGACACGGCGGUCAAUUAUCUUGGUGAAUACCCCGAGGACGUGGAAGACCGCGCAGAGUACUAUCUCCUCUUCAACCCCAAGCGAUGUGAACUGGUCGGGCCUCUGAACGACCUCUACCUCGAGGCGCUCGAGAUUGCGUUCCCAAGACACUGGCUGGAGAUCGAGGAGCCGCUGCGGGAUCGUGUGCAGACGAUGCUCGGGACCAUCGCGCUCCUGAAGGACUGCCUCUCGCCGAACGACCUCGAAAGGCUGCUGUCUAUUCCCACGAAAACAUCCGUAUCCGUUCUCCGCCGCCUUCGCUCCGUCGUCGUGUUCGACCGCAACGACCUCGACGCGGCGUUCCGCCCCAUCCACGUCACCUUCUCCCAGUUCCUCGUCGACAUCCACCCAAAGUACAACAAGGGUCCGUACCUCGUGAACACGGUGCGCGAGCACGGACGCAUCGCCGCCGGGUGCCUCGACACCCUCGUGUCUUCCCUGCGCCGGAACUCGCUCCGUGUAGCGUCCAGGGCGGCGCGGUCGGGCGUCUCAGACGUGGAGAGGCGGGUGGCGGCCGAGAUCCCGAAACACGUGCGGUACGCGUGUCUGCACUGGGCGGGCCACCUCGCGCAGUCGGACCAGGACUCGAAGGACGCCUACGCGGCGCUGGACAAGUUCGCGAAGUCGGCGCUGCUGCGGUGGGUGGAGACGACGGCGUGGAUGGGCCGGAUGGACGCGGUGACGGUGUCGCUGGACAGGGUUGUUGCGUGGCAGGUAUGUCUUUGGUUUUUUUUUUUUCGUGCUUCGGAGGCUGAUUGCGGCCUGCUCUACAGAAGGCCAGUCCUGCACGGAGGGUAUUGGAGAGCGUGCGGGUGUGGGUUGGAGAGCACCUUUAUACAUUGA